AUGGUCGAGUUUUUCCACGCCGGCAGGACCAACACCGACGACUGCUACGACGCCGGCAAGCACGUGCACGGCAGCAGGAGGGUGUAUGGACACGACGACGCGAGCCGCAGUAGGCCGGCGUACGGCGACGACUGCUACAACGGCGGCGGUGAGAAGGCGGAACAGAAGGAGGCGGCCAAGGAGCGCAGCACGACCACUUCUGCCACCACCACUAGAGAAUGA